AUGAUCGUACCUACCUGUGGCUCACAUACUGCCUUGAAAGGCACAUCUCCGCCUCUCGUCUCUCGAUUCUCUGUCUCCAUGAUCCCACCACUCAUGAGAACGCACGAUCGUGUACAAUUGCCAACCUCUCCUCCGACUGCAAACGCGACCGCGACCAGGACGAUCACGACAUCCUCCUCCUCCUUCUCCUCCCCUUCUCCUCUUUUCCUACUCCAGACGCGAACGAGCCGAAAGGCACGCGCAGUCGUCAUGCCGCCUUUCGAAAACGCACCGCCGUACUACAUGCGCAGGACGCUUCGCACAUGGUAUAACCAAGUCGAGCCGGACUUGCGCGACCCAGAGCUUCUUUGGGGCGAUUUUUGGAAGCGAUUCAACACUGUCCGGAUUCCUGUUCUUCCAGAGGAAGAAUACUUCGAGCGCGCACUAGAAAUCGCAAAAAGCGCCAAAGACCGGGGUGAUUACGAGAAGAUCUUUGAGGAAAGAAAUGCAAGGGACUGGCAAGAGCUGUUGGAUUUGAUGUCUGAAACCACAAGACACACCCUCUAUCAUCACGACAACUUCCCGUGCGAUGAUGCUUGGAGAAAAGCGCGCAAGGCGUCUCAAACGGGCUCUUUGAUGGAAUUCGUUCGCUUAUUGAAGGGCGUCGCCUUUGGGUGGGAAGCGGACGAGGUUUGCGAAAACAAAGUUGAGAAUGUUCCGAGCGGCGAGGAAGCUCACAUGGGCGCGGAUUACACUGACCAAGGGGAAGUCUUCCCCGAGUUGUCGGAUCUCGACUGGGAAGAAGAAGUGGGACUAAGCGGUGAUCAGAGCGGGAAUGUGAUUUACCAUGGCAAUUUCACAUACUUCCCAGCCCCCGACUCCGCGCCAAGGGAGGCUCCCAGGGGAGCUUUAUGUUCUGGAGGCGAGGGGCCUUCAACACAGCAGAAAUCUACGCUUUCGGGUACGUCGUCUGAUCCAGACCAUGGCGGACUGAAGCAAGUACAAAACCCACAGCGGAAGAGACGACGAUUUAGCGAUGACAGUGUCCACGUCCUUGAACCCAACCAAGCUUCUAGUCCCAGUACACGUUCGGCAAACGACGAAAGCGUGACCGGCGAAUCCCACCCAGCCAGCAAUGACAAUAAUCGAGCACAUAAACGUCAAAAGCUGGACGAUUCUACUGCAACAUCAAAUGUUCACUCUGCCCGUCAGCAUGAUGAAAGUAUAUCCAAGAAAAGACCCCUAUGCGGUGAUGAUGAUGAUGAUGAUGAUGGUGAUGAUGGCGAGCGGAGGCACAAACGUCAAAAGCUCAAACCUUCUCUCCAAAGUUACCCAGAAGCAGAACCAAGUGCUUCCAGUAUCUCCAAGAGACCUAUAACCCACGACAAUACUAAUGAACAGGGACACGAACGUCAAAGUCUCGCCUCAUCCACCCAACAACAUGCAGAUGCAGGCACAAACGUCAAAGACUCGACUCUUUUUCCCAGCAACAAGCAAAGGCAGCUUCAAGCGAACCGAGUAUCAGCAGCAAGCAGAAUCCCAGACGCAGCCGCCGAAAAGGAAGCAACGCCAAUCGCGUUGCUGGAAACAUGA